AUGAAAGCUAGUCUCGUCCUCUCCACCGUGCUCGCAACCACUGCGUCACCCGCCCGACAAUCUUUCAAAUCCCUCAGCGCGUCCGAUCGAACCUCGUUGGAGCAACAACUGGACAAGUGGAAGGCGUCGUAUGGCCCUAUCGCUGAGGCCAACGGCUUCUUCCCCCAAAAGGACACGAAAUCCGCCCGAGUCAAUGGCCAUACUAUCGAUGAACUCGAGCGCUUCCACCACACCGUCCAAGAAGUGGAGAACGCUACCGCAGCCAACCCGGGCGCAAAGUUCAGUCCAUUCAACCAGUUUGCUCUCUUGACCGACGAAGAGUUCAAGGGCAUGUUGAUGAAGUCGUUUCCAGAACAAAACUUCACCAGCGGGUCGCCCUUGCCAGAGUUGGCUAAUACGCGCGCUUCUGAAGUAGACUGGUCGACAUCCAAGUGCAAUUCCCCAAUUGCCAACCAAGGCCAGUGUGGGUCGUGCUGGGCCUUCGCCGCCAUCGGUGCGGUGGAGACUGCCCACUGCAUUGCCACUGGCGAACUCUUGGAUUUGUCUGAGCAACAAGUAGUCAGCUGCUCAAAUCGCAACAAUGGCUGCAAUGGCGGGAACCCUUCGAUUGCCCUUGACUGGAUGCAACAAGGUGUGUGCACCGAAGACUCUUACCCGUACACGUCGGGUAAGGGCGGUCAAACUGGUACAUGCGGAAACAGCUGCACCAAGAAGAAACUGAGCAUUGGCAAAAUCAAGAAAACCUCUGGCGAGAAGUCACUCAUGACAGUUCUGGAAAGCCAGCCCGCCACUGUGUUCGUCGAAUCCAACAACGCAGUGUGGCGCAACUACAAGGGUGGUAUCGUGUCACAAUGCCCUGGGGCUCAAGUCGACCACCUUGUGAUUGCCGUCGGUUACGGUACUUCCACGGGCGAUUACUUCAAGAUCAAGAACUCGUGGGGGACGGAAUGGGGGGAGAACGGUUACAUGUACUUAAAGCGAGGGAUGAAUAACCAGGGAGACCAACUGAUGGCCCAAACCAACAAAAUCCGCGCGGCCCACGGUAUCAGCCCGGUGACUUGGGACGAUAAGCUGGAGGCAGAAAUGCAGAAGUGGGCCAGAAGUUGCCCUGGCUUUAAGCACGGCGGCCCAAAAGGCUCGCAAAACUUAGCCACCAACAUCAAGUGCAGUGGCGCAGCCUGCAUGAAGGUGUUGGGGGCAUCGUGGAUGUGGUACGACGAAGAAGAAAAGUCAUGGAACUACGAAAGCAACAAGUGCAACGGGAACUGGGCCAAGUGCGGCCACUUCACCAACAUGAUGAGUCCCGAAGCCAAGUCCAUGGCGUGCGGGUGGUCCGAAUGUGGCCGCGACAACAAUGUCUGGUGCAACUACAACAACCCCGGGAUGAACCCCAAGGUGGGCAAAAUCACCGGCAUGACCAAGGACGAGCUCAAGGCCAGCUUGACCCAAUACAGAUAA